AUGACGCACAAACAGUUUCGGAAUCAGUGUUUUUUGAAUAUAAUUUCUAACUCAGAACACGAUUUCCAGCUGUAGUUCCAUCACUCCAAGAUAGUGAAAAUGAGACCCCAUACAGUGAUGCUCUUUUUGCUAUUCGAGUUGUGUUUAAUUCAAAUAUCCCGUCAACUUUGUCAACAAUCAACGAAUGGAAAAGCGUUAGGUUUCUAUAUUGGAAUUCUUUAUGACGACACAGAAAUUCAACUUAUAGAUACACUGCGUAAAGAUUACUUACAAACAAGCAUGUCAACCCCUGAAGAAGAAGAAGUAAAAAACUGCUUUUACAACAAAAAUGUCGACAUCGACGUGAAAAACGACCUUCAGAUUCAAACUUUGGGAUGGACCAACAUACAAAAAGCCAUCAAAUCUGCUGCCGCAGAUGAAGCUGAUGUUGGAAAGAGUCUCAGUGUCAUUAUUGGUCCCUUCUAUGUUAAUAUUGCGAUGAUAGCCGAGAAAAUGGACGUACCCUACAUUGUCACUGAUUACAAAGGGUUUGAUUGGAUAGAUGUUAGCCGCGUUAGAAAUCACGUGACAUGGAAAACGAUGCUGGAAAUGAAACCGCCUGCUCAUCAAGUAAAUAUGGCGGUUGUGGAUAUGAUGACAGCCUACGGAUUAAAAAUAGCAGUUGUUGUUAAACCAGACGACCCAACUUCUGAACAAGAAUGUGACGAUUUACUCGCCCAAAUGAUGGAUAACAAUAUAUCCCCGAUCUCCUACUCCCUGGAAGUAUCCACAAAAGAAAAAAUGGCAACCCAGGCAUCAGAACUCUUGAGAACUGCACAGAUGUUAAAUAUAAAGACAGUGCUCGUGUGUAGUCCCCGAGAAUACCGCCACAAUCUUACUGGCAUCAUCCUAAGCAGGGCGAAGACAUUCGGAAUGUUGAGCGAUGAAACGAGAAUAUUUAUGUUACUAGACACGGAUUUUUACCUGACCAGUUUAAGUGAGGACAAUAUUUAUCGCAGUAAGUACUAUGCAGCCCGCUGUCAGCUGUUGGCUUUCCGCUAUCGUGAUGUCGUACAGGAUUUCUCGUCCCCCACCCAAGCUAUUGCGGAGGACGUGUAUCGUCUACUCGUAGAGGCGAAGAAAAACUACAUGACUAUUGAGGGGAAACAAAGCGACAUCGAUAGCAGAUUGUUUCUUGAGAGUUUAAAGAAGGUUUCGUUUGACGGUAAGACAGGAAGAAUUCAGUUUGAUGCCACUAAUGGGGCACGUGUGAACUUUACGCUCCAUCUGUACCGUCAUGGGGGAAGCGAAGAUAUCAUCACCAGGAUUGGAGAAUGGUCACCAGAGAAGAAUGGGGCUGGUGAAAGAUUUACAAAGCUGAACGAGUCUGAACCACUUCGGAAGGGGACCAAGAACCUGUUUGACGGCAUCCAACGUGUGGCUGUGGUUUUGGAGGCUCCAUUUGUGAUGCUGAAGGACGACCCCACAUUGAAGGGGAACGAUCGAUACGAGGGGUUUACAAUUGAUCUGUUAGAGGAAGUAUCCAAAAGGUGUGGGUUCGAAUACGAAAUAUAUCACGUGACGGAAUAUGGGUCUCCAAUUGGAGGAGGAAUGUGGAAUGGAAUGGUUGGAGAAGUCAUUGAUGGGAAUGCGACAUUCGGAAUGGGGGCUAUUUCUAUUACCUCAUCUCGAGAAAAGGAUGUGGAUUUCAGUUUGGGUGUCAUGACAACAGGUGUCAACCUUCUGAUAUCAAAACCCAAAGUAAUGGACUCAAUAUUUCAGUUCAUGGAACCCUUUUCUCUGAAACUGUGGAUGGCAAUCGUUGGUGCGUCCGUCGGUGUGUCUCUAUUGUACUUUAGCUUGGAUUAUUCAAGCGAAGAACGUAAGUUUUCGGUCAGGGAAACUUGGUGGUUUUCUAUCGGAACACUUCUAAUGCGAGGGACUGAUUUCGCUCCUCGUCCUUCUUCACAGAGAAUUCUUACAGCCGGGUUCUUGUUCUUUGUCUUAAUUACAGUAUCGUCUUAUACAGCAAACAUGGCGGCUUUUUUGACAACGAACAACCUUGAAAAACAAAUACAAUCGCUAGAAGAACUUGUUGAAAGCCCGGAGUAUGAUUGUGGAACAGUUAAAUCUUCCGCGACCAUGAAUUUCUUUAAAACUAGUGACAAUAAAAUCUAUCGUGAUGCGUGGAAGAAAAUGAGCAAAGGGGGACUAGUAGCUUCUUCGCAGGAGGGUCGUGAGAGGGUUAAGAGGGGAAAAUACGCCUUUAUAUUUGAUUAUAUGAUUAAUUCGUACUCAGAACUCACGACAUGUGAAACCAAAAUGGUGGGAACCCCUUUCAGGCUCCAGGAGCACGGUAUUGUGAUGAAACAAGGAGCACCUUUCAAAACGAAUAUUAAUAUCAAUCUCCUUAAAGUUAAGGAAUCCCCGGUCAUGGCGCAAUUAAAGAAUAAAUGGUGGGAAAACAAAAGGAAAUGUGAUCUGAUGGAAAGCCAGCCUACAGUGGAGUUUGGAAUCAAACACAUGGCGGGGGUGUUUAUAGUGGGAGCAGCGGGACUUGUAUGUGCUAUUCUAUUCUUCCUUGUAAAGAAGUGGUUUGUGCACAUGAAAACGAAAGAAAACUCCGCGGGGCCAGACACAGGGACCAAGGAGACUAUUUAUACCCCUGAUAAAAACCUCAGUAAAGAAGACAUAGCAAACGCCGUCAGUGUUUGACGCCACAUUAUAGUGAAAAUGUCAUUUGACAAAUUAAAAUCGCAAUCAGUCUUUAUGAUGUAUUAAAUGUCAAUACUAGUCAUACUGUAGUUAAAAUUUGAACGUCUCUGGUGUCUGUUGAGUACACGGACGUACAUAUAGGAUUAUUGUGUAAUUUUGAAUUUGCAUUAUCCAUAUAGUUGAACUGGGAAAACUUGGCUGGCAUAUAUACAACAUUUCAAUGGGUUGAAGAUGUACAAAAUACCAUAUUAGUAUUUGUUAAAAUACCUUUCUUAAAAUUGUUUCUUAUGUAAAUCUACUAGUAUACUAAAUAAAGACUAACAUUACCAAU